GAUUGCACAGAAUGUCAAACAGAUGAGAAGAGAUGAAUGUCACUGGAUUCAUUCCACAUAAAAUGUUGCUGCUGCUUAUCUCAGCUUCCUCCCAUUCGGAUAAUUAAUAUUGUGCAACAUUCAGAACUUCACAAUUGAUUUGUUAAUGCACUGAACUCUCUCUGUUGUGUAUUGUGUGUGUAUGUGGAGUGAAUGGAUAGUGAUCUCCAUCCAAUGCUCGGCAAAUCAGAUAGGAAGACAGAGAUUGUGGUGGUGACACAUGGCACAAACAAAAUGAUGUCUCCGGUCUUAUCUGGGGACAUGAUGAAUGUGGAGCCUCAUUAUGUGGAAGGCAGCGAUCUUGACCCUGGGCUUGUUGGUGGCGCUGGUAGACAGAGUCCGGCCUAAUGAUGUUCAUCCCUCUUUCUAUGGGGUGAAACUGUGUGGAAGGGAGUUCAUACGAGCUGUCAUCUUCACCUGCGGUGGUUCUCGGUGGCGGAGAAGCGUAGAAGAUUCGGCUCUUAUUGGAGAAGAGACAUUUGACCUGUGGAAGACAAAUCCCAUCCCUCAGCUUACCAGCGAGCAGGAUCCUGCAGAGCCCCAAGCAUGGAGAGAUCAAACAAUGGACGUGGCAUCUAUGGCUGCUGGUUUCGGCCGCUCAGCUCGCUUGCCAGUCUCGGAGGAAGUGUUGGAGGCUCUGCGGAGUGCAGACAGGAAAGGGAGGGAUGUGGUGGUCGGACUGUCCAACGCCUGCUGCAAGUGGGGCUGUAGCAAGAGUGAAAUCAGCUCUCUGUGCUGAGCCUGGCUUCUUCACCUUGUCACCUCACUAUUUGAGAGCUUUACUAUUUUCUCUUGUAAAUUCUUAAAAUUCCACUUUCAUCCAACAACCUGUCCAUGUGCUGACUAUUAAUACUUGAAUGUGAAUAUGUACUCCAAAUUUCCUCGCUGUGAUUAGCACAGAUUGAUAUAUUUGUGUAAUAAAGCUUGGUGUAGUUGGUGU